UCACCGAGAAAUCUUCAUUCAGCUGUCUUUGUGGGGGUAUUAUAGCACUGUUAUUACACUAAUACCAGCGGCUGUGAUCUUCCAGCAUUAGUUUGUACAUCACUAGUAGCUUGAUUCGUAACUUUCUUCUUCAUCUCUCAUCGCUCUUCCUUCUAUAAAAUAUGCAGCAGGGUUCCGGUACUGGAAUAGAAGUUACAUGGGAAGAUCAGCAAAACAUCAACAAAUUCGGAAGAUUGAACAAUCGAUUUCAUGAGCUUGAAGAUGAAAUCAAGCAUGCCAAGGAAACAAACGAGAAUCUUGAGGAUGCGAGCAAUGAAUUAAUCCUGACGGAUGAGGAAAUUGUUCGUUUCCAGAUUGGAGAGGUAUUUACCCACGUGGAUAAAGAUGAGGUUGAGGGAAGGAUAGAGCAAAUGAAAGAGGCCACUACCAAGAACUUGGAGAAGCUUGAAGAAGAAAAGGAAUCUACGAUUGCUCAAAUGGCCAACCUGAAGCGCAUCUUAUAUGCAAAAUUCAAUGACUCUAUCAAUCUCGAGGAGGAUUAAUUAGACAUUUUCGUCCUCCUCUGUUUGUUGGUUUCCUUUAUCGUGUUUGAAGUUCUCGAGUAAAAGGAAAAAAAAAGAACAUUUUUGGUUUUGUUAAAUGUUUGCCAUCAUUGUAACAAUUUUAGAACAUCUAUUUAUCUUGAUUUCUUCUAUUUUGUUUGGACAUCACAAAAAAGAUUAAAAGAUAUGAGAUUUGAACUUCUUGCUUCUGCAGUA